AUGAGCUACGUGGGACCGAAGCCAAUCGAAAUUAAAGUAAUGGAUGCUCUGUAUCCCAAGCUUUCCGAUAAAAUGGAUAAAAAUAUCACGGAGCGCAAAACAUACGUGUUCGAAACCUCCGGGGAUAGAAUGUAUAUCCGACUGGACAGUGCUCGGGCCGAUGUCACGAAUUUACAAUUCGGUUUUAAUGCCGUUUUAACCGGGUGUGCAAAGGUGGUGACCACAAACGAUCUGAUCGUAUUACCGAGCGGGAUGAAUAACGCCGAGGCAUCCGGUGAAUGCUAUUGGAAGGUGAAAACUCCUCCAGGUUCUUCUAAAGGUUUGAUAAUAACCGUACCGGAUUGUCCAUCAGAUGACACAAACUGUUAUCUGCGUUAUUUGAGAAUAUUCGAGGGUGAGGGCUUAAACAAGAAACGUGUAAAUCCAACAUACAAUCCGCGUAAUACAAAUUUCAACAUCAAGAGCGAGGUGGCCAUUUUGGAAUAUUACGGUUGUCCACUGGUGUCAGAUGCCAAAAUCAGGGUCGUACAUUCGCUCAUUCGGGAACAUGAAUCUCGGAGCAUAUUCCAAAAUGACUACUGGCAAACGCACCUGGAAGCGCUCGAAGCCCUAAACAAAACACAUGGAGGAGACUGGCCACCGAGUGAAUCCAAAGGACACAUUCCGAGUUGUCCACCGUCCGAAAUGACCCUACCAGCUAAACUUUGCGGAAGCAGUUACCCCAAGAAGAACGAACCCGAUUCUGUACGCUCAGGAGCAGAUGGUGGUCGCAUUGGCUUUACCGUAGAGUUAAUCCGCCCCGCUCCACACUAUCCUUUACCCCUCAUCUCAUCUUUGUGA